GGGAGCAACACUUCGUCCAUGCUGAGAGCGGUCUUUAUAAGUCGAUCUCUGCAGAGUCUUUGCAAGUUACAGCAACUUAAAGCGUAUUCUGAUACUGGAAUGUCUUUGGUUACUGUUCGUUGUCUUGAGAGUGAGGAUUUUAUGACAAUAUCGUUUACUCACGAUGGGAAACAAAGGAACAUGCAGCGACCUAAAGCAGAAACUUUAGAGAAGUGCCUCAACAGAAUCAACUUGUCCAUUCAAAAUAGAAAAGUGAAAGAAAAGAAACGGAAACAAGAAGUUAGAGAUAAUAGCAUUCCAAGCUUAUGUGCAUCUCUUUGGAAUCAAGGGGAAAAAUUAAAUGAAAAUACUGYAAAUACAGAAGCUUGGAAAGACGGUUGUGAACUGAAAAUAGGAGAAAGGUCUUUGAGGGUUGAAGUAAACCCUCCUGCGAUAGCACAUUUGGCUCUUCCAAGUCACAUCAUGGCCAAAUUUCCAAUCUUCCCCGAGAUGGAACUUCAAUUUGCCGAUGUAAACCAUUGUAUUUUUGAGUGGUUUCGUUCCAGAAAUCCUUGUACUAGUAAAUGCUCUGCCAGUGCCAGUCCAACUAUGCCAACAGAAUGGGAAAAGGUUGGAAGUGAUUUCUUUGUUAACCCAAGUGUAUCAGAUAUUGGUUGUUACAUCAAAGUUGAAUGUACUGCUGCAAGACACAACAAAAUAAGCAGUAUGAAAUCAGAGGUUACAAGUUGCGUAAAGGUAUCUGCAGGACCUGGGAUUUGUCCAUUUGAAAAUCGUCAUCUUUAUACAUCCAAGAAACUUGGAAAUGGAGGUUUCAGGCUUGCUUGUUAUAACAUACUUGCAGAUAUCUAUUCUAGAGAAGAUUUUGCAAUUAAUUUCCUAUAUCCUUACUGUCCUCCUUAUGCUUUGGAUAUUGGUUAUCGUAAACAAAUUCUCCUGAGAGAAUUGACUGGCUACAAUGCAGAUGUAUUGUGUUUGCAGGAGUGUGGUGUGCAAAUGUUCAAUGGUUUCCUCAAACAGUCCAUGGAAAUGCUCGGGUAUCAUGGAAUGAUGAAACCAAAGGCUGGUGGUGUCCCUGAAGGAGAAGCAAUCUUUUUUAAUGUUGACAAAUUUGAGUUUGUUAGCAGCCAUGAUAUCGUGCUAAAAGAAUCACUCUUGGAAGAUCCAGUUAAUAAAGAACUACUUCAUCAUUUGUCAUCCAUUCCAGCAUUCUUGGAAAACUUGCUAAAGAAAAAUACAGUUGCUCAAAUUGCUAUACUAAAAGACAAAAGUAUAAUGAGCCAACAUUUAUGCAUAGUCAAUACACAUCUUUUUUUUAAGCCUAAUUAUCCACACAUUAGACUUAUUCAAGCAGCAAUCAUCUUGAACCAAAUAAAGAAAGUGGUGGACAAUUUUUUGUUUCCUGUUGAAUUAUGUACAACAACAGGCUCACUCAAUCCAGAUGUUGUAAAGACUGAAGAACAUUCAGAAAAUGAAUUAACUAACAACAAGAUAGCUGUACUUUUUUGUGGAGAUUUUAACAGCAUGCCAAAUACUGGACUAGUUCAGUUGCUUUUGAAUGGAAGUGUUCCUGCUGACCACCAGGACUGGAAAGUUACUGAAGAAGAAGACCAACAUUGUACCACAAUCAACCUUUCACAUGACUUCCAAUUAUUCAGUGCUUGUGGAAAUCUGCCAUUUACUAACUUUACUUCUGGUUUCCAAGAUACUGUUGAUUAUAUCUUUUGCGAUUCACAGCAAAUUGAAGUAGAUUCAGUUAUUCCAUUGCCAUCAGAAGAAGAAUUGUCAUUGCACACAGCUCUACCCUCAGUUGUAAUGCCAUCUGAUCAUCUUGCUCUAGUUUGUGAUCUCAAAUGGAAAACAGUGUGAAAAAACCCUAAACAAACUCGAUGGUCAAAGCUGAAACAUUUCAUAGUAAACUGUCAUCAGCUAUAUAGACAAGAAGUUGUAAUUUUUGAAUCAUAGUUUUCUCAUAAAAUGAAUAGGCAAUUAGAAGGGUCAAUAUGCCUAGUUGUUAAAAGUGACAAAUAAUUUGUUUGAGAAUAUCUUUGUGCUAUAGUUGAGAAUAUCUUUGUGCCAUUGUAAAUAUGUAAAAAUUCAACUUUCAAACUUGUCUGACAAUAAUGGUGUUUAAUUCAGAAAAUGUUCAGAAAUGCAUGCAUGCAUUUUGUUUUUCAAUUUUAACAUCUCAUUGACUACUCUUAAAACUCCAGUGUAUGCAGGCGUAACCUCCAAUACCGGAAUUGCUUGUUUGUUAUUCUAAUUUCUGCUUUUGUUUGCAGACCUCAGAAGUGAGGCUAAGCCUGCAUACACUGGAGUUUUAAGAGUUGUCAAUUCACCAAUUACAUUCUAGAUUGCACAUGAUGUACUUGAUGUUACGGUCACCAAAAAUUUACCAUUAACAUUACCAUAUUGGACAAAAUAGCCUAGCCCACAGUUUCUGCCUUGAAUAUAAACAAACCAUACAAAGAUAGUCACAAGUGGAAAUACACCAAUCUCGUUAUUAUGCACACAAUAAUAAAAAAAAUUAGUGACUUAAGUUAUUAAAUUAACUAUAAUAAAUUUUCUACCCUAGGAUUGCAUGGAAUUUUGAUUAUUACUGACUUUCACGUGAUGUCAUCAAAAAAUAAAAUCCAAAAUACAGUAAUCAUUCCACUAAA